AUGGCGAAAGGAAUUUCAGUAACUCACUCUAGAUUUGCUAUUUUACCAGUGGAAGAUGAUGACGAUGAUGGUGACAAUGAAACACAAAAUGCAAGUUCGAAAUCGAACGCAAAAUCGAACACUCAAAGUGCAGCAUCAAAGAAAAAGAAUAAAAAGAAAAAGCAAAAGCAAGAUUCGAAUAUUAGUGAAGAGUUAAAACACAUGGCAUUUGGGAAACCAGUGAGACAUCACCGGGAUUCAGACAAAUCAGGUUCUGUGAAACCCGACCAAAAGCAGUGGGUGGAGUGGAAAGAAAAAGAUGAAGAGUUUACACAGGACUCCUACCAAAAAGACUUGGAACAAGCCUUACUGCAGAGUAAACAGGAUUUUGAGAAGCAGGUACAGAAAAAGAAAGAGAACGGUGCUGUUAAUGGAGUAGAAGGAAAACAAAAGAAGAAGAAGAAAGACAAAGCUCCAGUGAUGAGUCUGGAACAGUUCAAUCAACUGCAGUUCAAGAAAGAAAAAUCAAUCGACUCGGAUGACGAUGCUGACUCACCACAACCUGUAAUUACGACCCCUGUGAUAAAAACCUCUGUUGGCGAGGGAGACACCCAUUUCUUCGACAAAGUUGAUGACGAUGUUGUUAAAAUUAUUUCCAAAGAGAAAAUUCAAGAAGAAUAUAAAAAACAUUAUGCAAUAGAAAGUGCCAUAACAUUAAAGUACCAAGAUGAAUUGUCUAAAAAAGAUGAAGAAAUAGCACAUUUGAAAUCAGCAUUAACAACACUACAGGAUGAAUUUAAACAAGUGAAGAAGAGAAACAAACAACUAUGUGUGAUAUUGGCUCAGGGAGAAAUGAAAGAUAAAGCUCAGGUCUUGAUGCAUGUGGAAGAUUUAACACAAGUUCGAGAUGAGCUUACAGAACAGGUUUCAGAACUAAAUGCUGAACUUGAAAAAGAGAAGUCAAAAGUGCACGCCUUGAAAUUGGAGGUUGAAAAGCUGAAGGGUGGGAAACACCAUGGGAAGUGAGUGCUGAGAAAUGGGGAUCCAGGAAAAGUGAUGCAAGGAGGCAUUGGCAUCAAGACACUGCAGACAAACACACGGGGAAUCUGCACAGGAAGAUGUCAACAUUUGUUUUAUGUACAACUUAAUGUGUGCUUGAUCAGUACAGGUUUAACUGACUCAUAGACUUGACAGUAAUUUACACCGACACCAGUAAUGUUGAAAGAAGAUAUUUUAACAGUAACACUGACAGAAGACAUGUUGACACUAGAUAUGUCAACAGUAAAUAUGUUGACAGUAAUUUACACUGACAGUAGUGUUGUUGACAAGAUAUGUUAGCAGAAGCACCGAUAUUAGACAUGUUGACAGUAAUUUAUAUCGACAGAAGAUACAUUGACAGUAUGUGUUGACAAUACUUUACACUGGCAGUAGUAAUGUUGACAGAAGAUAUGUUAAUAGUAACACUGACAGUAGAGAUGUUGACAGUAAUUUACAUUGACAAAAGAUACAUUGACAGAAUGUAUUGAAAAUACCUGACACUGACAGUAAAUAUGUUGACAGUAAUUUACAUUGACAGUAGUAAUGUUGAAAGAAGAUGUUUUAACAGUACCACUGAGAGAAGACAUGUUAUAUUGACAGUAGAUAUGUUAACAGUAAAUACGUAUACUACUUUACACUGACAGUAGUAAUGUUGACAGAAGAUAUGUUGACAGUAGUAAUGUUGACAGAAGAUAUGUUAACAGUAGCACUGACAGUAGAGAUGUUGACAGUAAUUUAUAUUGACAAAAGAUACAUUGACAGUAUGUGUUGACAAUACUUUACACUGACAGUAGUAAUGUUGACAGAAGAUAUGUUAACAGUAGCACUGACAAUAGAGAUGUUGACAGUAAUUUACAUUGACAAAAGAUACAUUGACAGAAUGUGUUGACAAUACCUUACACUGACAGUAGUAAUGUUGACAGUAAUUUAUAUCGACAGAAGAUACAUUGACAGAAUGUGUUGACAAUACCUUACAUUGACGGUAGUAAUAUUGAAAGAAGAUAUGUUAACGGUAAUGCUGACAGUAGACAUGUUGACAGUAGAUAUGUAGAUAUGUCAACAGUAAAUAUGUUGACAGUAACUUACACUAACUGUAGAUAUACUGACAGUAACAUUUGCUUAUAACAGAUUUGUUGACAGUAGUCGACACAAAAAACAUUUAUAGUAAACUACACUGACAGUAGAUGCAUUGAUAGUAACCUAUGCUGACAGUAGAUAUGUUAACAAUAAUCUACAGGGACUAGCUAUGUUGGCAGUAAUCUAUACUCAUAUCUAAAUAGACAGUAAAUAUGUUGACAGUAACUUACAGUAGAUAUUUUGUUGAGUAGAUAUUUAGGUCUACUCAUCGUGACAGGAAGACAAUUUUAUGUAGGAGUAACUAGUGUAGGUAUUGAAACCAUUGCUAAUAAUAACUGACAGACAUUGGACAUUUUGACAGUAGCCAUUUAGAUGUAACCAUUGUUGACAGUAACCCUGUCUGACAGUAGACAUUUAGAUGUAACCAUUGUUGACAGCAAUCCUGUCUGACAGUAGACAUUUAGAUGUAACCAUUGUUGACAGCAACCCUGUCUGACAGUAGACAUUUAGAUGUAACAAUUGUUGACAGCAACCCUGUCUGACAGUAGACAUUUUGGUAUGACUAAUGUUGACUGUAACCUAAAAAUAAAUUGACAGUAAAUACACAGGUGUAAUUUUGGUUCAUAGUGUGCGUACCAAGUUCAUGCAUGUUGCCUAUGUCAGUUGCUGGUGGAAAAUUAUUUUUAUGAGCAUAGUAAUGACGAGUUGAUCCGGAACUGUUUGGUGAAAGCUUACUAUCAGUCAUUUUGUCAAGCAUGGUGAUUGGACUACUUUUCUUAUAUUCAUGGUGAUUGGUUGGAAGCGCCUCUAUCAUUCAUUGCGAUUAGUUGAUAAUUUUCCUAUCGAUCAUCUUGAUUUGAUGGAAGUCUUGCUAUCGUUAAUCCUGAUUGGUUGCUAUGCUGUUUUGUCUUUCUGAUUCCAGCCAUGUUGGCUAUUUUCUGUUACAUCCUGUGCGUGGUACGCUGCUUUGAUUUGUUGGUUGAUCAGUGGACCAAGUUGAUAGCUUUUUGAGUUCCUCCUGUAGCUACCAAAAUCAAAGUAGUCUUUUUUUUUAUGUCUCACUGUAACAAAGUCUGAAGGUGAAACAUUAAUUUUUCAAUGGCAACAAAAUUAACUUAAGUAUUUAGCUCAAUGUUAAGUUUUUGCAUUUACAUGUAGUUCAAAGUCUCACAGAUUACAAGUUGUAGACCAAUGAAACUUGGUUUAUAUACUCUUCAAAAAAAGUAGGGGAACCUGAACUAUUAAUGUUAAUAUCAACUAUUAGACCGAACAUACGUUUUGACCACAGACGUCCUAGUAAAGAAUGUUCAGG